AGGUGCAAUACCCAAAGCUGUUACAAGGCGAAGCGUCCUGAGUCUCCUAGAACCACCUCUGUCAACUUACCCCACGCCGUCAGAACAGCCAUGAUCCGCCAGCGUUACCGGAUCAAGCGUAAGAUCAGUGACGCACUGUACGGCUGCGUAUGCGCCUGUGAGGACACGCACCGCGACAAUGAGCUCGUUGCCAUCAAGCAGGUAUCACUCGAGCUGGCCGCCGGUCUGCUCGAGGCGCAUCCUAACGCUGACAACCCGUGGCAGGAGUGUCGCGUCAUCACCAAGCUGCUGGCGCUGCCGCAGCACCCGAACAUCGUGCAUUUCCGCCAGGAAUUCCUGCACAACGAGUCCUGGUUCGUAGUCAUGGAGCAUUGCCCUCAAGGGGACCUCUGGGACCGUGUAAAGCGCUCGCCCAAUAGCCGAGUGCCUGAGCGUGAGGCGCUGCGACUCUUCCGUGAGGUCACAAUGGGACUACAGUUUCUGCACUCAAAUGGCAUCGCUCACCGAGACGUGUCGCUCGAGAAUGUGCUGAUGCGCAAUGGUGUGUGCAAGAUCUCGGAUUUCGGACUCGCCACGGACGCCCAGCGCACGUGCAAGAACGAUGUUGUGGGUAAGGCGUCCUACAUGGCACCAGAGGUCGUGGCGGGCGAGGACUACUCAGCCGUUCUCGCCGAUAUGUGGUCGCUGGGCAUCGUACUGUUCGUCAUGCUGACGGGCUCACCGCUCGUGCACAUUGCAUCCGAGAACGAAAAUGCCUUUGCGGCCUUCCUGCAGCUCGGAGUUCGUCGCGUGGUGCGCGCAUGGAAGAUGUCAUCGUUCAUUUCGGAGGAAGUGUGCGACCUGAUGUCGGCGCUGCUGCAGCGAGACCCAACUCAGCGCUUCACGGCAGCCGAAGUGCUCGCCCACCCACUGCUGCAGCUGCCAUGAAGUUCUUUCCUCUUAACGUGUUUGUGCGGGUUCGCAGCUAGCGUUUUUUUUAGCUGUUAGUUUGUUGGCGUUCGCAUCACGUGUCCGCUAUUAUACAUCUCGAUGUUGAAGUCAGUGCAUAUGUCAAAGUGGAAAUGGAGGCUGAACACGCCAAUACAGCGGUUUACUAACACAGACGGCACCUAAGC